AUGGCUAAUGUAGAUGGUGGUGGUUUAAUAUCAAGAGAUGUUGAGUUUCUUAUAACGCUGUUUUUUUUGGUAGGUGAUGCCCUAGAAAUUCCGGAGACAGUAAUGGGACUCACUCUGUUAGCAGCAGGUACCAGUGUACCAGACUGUCUUUCAAGUCUCUUUGUAGCAAGAGACGGUUUAGGAGAUAUGGCGGUCUCUAACUCUAUAGGGAGCAAUGUAUUUGACAUUUUGAUGUGUUUGGGUCUCCCCUGGUUGUUAAAAUCCCUCAUCCUAGAAAGUGGAGACCCCAUCCCGAUAAAAAGCGAAGGACUGACAUAUUCCGCCAUCACUUUGCUAUCCACAGUUGUAUUCUUAAUCAUCGCCAUGUUUGUUACAAAAUGGCGGCUAAACAAAAAGUUCGGUGUCGUCUGUUUGUUGGUUUACGUUGUUGUGAUAGUCUUCUCCUGUCUUUAUGAACUGAAUGUAUUCGGAAAUUUCAACGUAGCCGACUACUGUCCGAGGGAAUGAUUUAUAUACCUGGUAGUUCAAGAGAAACGUCACUUAAAAAAAGAAAGAUAUAAUAUAAGAUUUACUAGACAAGUACUCAAUCAUAUUGCAAAAUGUUUUUUUAAACAGAGACUUCUUC